AUGGUCUCGUUGGGUGGAACUGCCUGCUUCGAAGUCAGCCAGCUGCUUUGUCCUGCGCCUAUUGUCCAGUCCGGGUUCCGGGGCUUCAUCCGCCCAUUCCUCGAUCCGGUUACAUCUCUCCAGAAGGGAACACAUAUGAGAACGUACAUUCUGGGUGUCCGUGGCGUAAUCGUGGCCACUAUCAUCCAACGUCGUGUUUUCCAAGAAGACGGGCUUGACGAGGAGAACUAUCAA